GAAGAAGAAGAAAACAAAGUGGCUUGAUGGGAUAUCAAAGUCCUCCGGCGGCGCGCUGCCGCCAUGUCACCUAGAGAGAAACGAAUAGUUCUUCUCUCUGCUUUAGGCUUAUUUACGCUAGCUUUUUAUUUUAUUCCAUCCUUAAUUUACGCAACUUUAAUUAUUAUUUUUUGUUGUUUUGCUUGUUACUAUAAUAGCGGAGAGUCUCUUUUAACCGCCAGAUUAGGCCCCAAUCCACGGGGUGGGUUGAACCUGCACGCGGGUUUGCGGCGCUGGUUGGCGGACUGGGGAACGACCGGCUUGUCGGUGAAUUCGCCGGUUGGAACGAGGAUUAGCAGCAACGCUGAAGCGGAAAGUCAAUUCAGACAAAGACUCGGUGACACUGGAAUUUACAGAAGGGAGGCUUUGGCGAGUGAAUCUUUUUUCUACAGUCCCCGGGAUUUCCUCAUGGGGAGUUACAUCGGAAAGCACGAGAGUCCCCCCUCCGGUUCCGUGAGGCCAAGAGCCGGGAGGAACCCCCGAGAGCAACUACGAGAGAAGCUGUCGAGACCAAACCAUGCGGUCUACACUCCCAACAGAAGGCUCUCAUUCGCUGGAGAGCCUCUGGCCUACACGAGCAGGUUCAACAUUACUCCACAGCGUCACUACCCGCUGCAGCAGCCAGGUCUGUCAUCUGUGGGGGUCCUGCCUCUCGUCAGGUGGGAUGGCUUCAGACAGAAAAACAUCUUGAGCCCCCGUAAUUCACCUGCUGCCCUCAGCCCUGUCACCGUAAAAAUCGCCAGGCCUGAUCUCAGCAGCCCCAGAGUGGAUCACUUGAGCUGUUCAAGGAUCAGCAGGACCGCCGAUGACCCCUGCUCCAGGGAGAGCGUCCUCAGGGUUUUGAAGGAAAGUCGUAAGAGGGAAGUCGAGGACGAAGACAGGAGCUUCACAACCGAACAGAAAAGUAAAAGAAGGCGUAAUGACAGUGGUGGAAGUGCACACUCUGCUUUUGAGCCUCUUCUACCCAACGGAGCUCCAUCUCAGCUUGUACCCAAGCCAGGAACCCUGAAAAGAGGUAUAGCCUCAUUGGCAGAGGAGUCCUCAGUAAAGAGGUCUCGCACCUCCUCCAUCAGCUCGGGAACAGGAGCUCACGCCUCAAGAGAAAGUUCUGGUACCAAGAGAAAUGCGAUCCAGAGCUCCUACAGCUCCUCAGUUGGCCUCAAUCAGUGGAAGAAACCAUCAACUCCCAGUUCUCUUCUCUCCAGUCCUGGAUCGUCUCGCUGUCAGACACCAGAUGUGGCUUUCAAGAAACCCAGAGAGGAAGACGCUCAGUCCCCCAGCUCAGCUUCCUCAGCCAAAUCUGAACAGACGACGUCUGACAAAGCACCAGCCACUUCAAAACUGACUGUUGUCCCAAAUGUCCCGGUUACGAGCGUGUCUGACUCUGUGGGUAGUGGUGGGAAAAGAAAACGGAAGAUCCAGUUGGUUUCGAGCAACCGAGACGACCACAUCUCUCUGCCUCCACCGCCUGAGCUGGGCUACAAAGUGACUGCAAAAGAUCUGGACGAGGAGAAAAAAGCUGCCAUCUCUAAGAUUCAGAAGGUUCUGGAAACUCCUGCCCCAGAACCUGAAAAGCCAGCAGCUGCUACAAUCCCAACUUCCACUCCAGCCCCCUCCUCUACUAUCUCCACCACCACACCCACUCUGAGCAGCCUUCUGGCUGCUCCUUUACCCACAUCAUCAACAACAACAACCAUCCCAGUCAUCAACCUGGACCCCAGUCCAAGCAGCAGCGUCAGCACAUCAACUACUGCAGCAGCAGCAGCAGCGUCUCCAAACCCACUUCUGGAGGCUCUAAAGAUGAAGAUCAACACAGCUGCAACCUCCACAUCCGCAUUGAGUCCAACCACAGUGUCUUUAUCAACAACUCCUGGACCAACUUUAAGCCUAAAGUCUCCAGCUCCAUCUGUCCCUCCCGCUUCCCAGCCUCAGCCCUCCUCUGCUCCUCUGGGACAACCCUCUGCCUUCACUCAGGUCCUGGCUCAGAUCUCCAAAGCUCCCAGCAGCAGCAGCCCUGCUGCUCCUGUUGUUGGACCAGCUCUGUUUGGUUUGUCCAGCCAGAUCAGCUCCCCCUCUGCUCCAUCAACCUCCACCCCAGUGUCUGCUACACCUGCCCCCAGCAGCAGCAGCAGCAACCCUCUGCUGGUUUCAGGCUUCAAACCCAUCUUUGCUGCUGCCACCACCACCACCACCCCAGCUACAUCAUCCUCAGAGAGUAAAGCACCCAUCCAGAAUUUCAAGCCUAUCUUUGGGGAGGCCACAGCUACCCCGGCUGCCCCGGCUUUUGCAGCGCCCUCCGCCCUCACAACCACGUCAUCCGUGUCCACACUGUCUGCAGGGAGCACUCCUUCAAUAUUUGGUGGCUUAACCAGCAGCUCCACGGCUGCACCGUCUGCUUUUUCUGGUUUUAACACGACCGCUGCAAACAUGGUUUCCACAUCUGCUGCCACAACUCAGCCGGGAGCCCAGAUGGCUCCAAAAUCUCUCUUUGGAAGCUGGUCUGCAGCAGCAACAACAACAAGCAGCAGCGCUUCAGCUUCAGUGCAGCCUCUGACUACAGGGGGUACGUUCCAGUUUGGGGCUGCUGUCACCACCACCACCUCUUCAGCAGCAGCAUCAACCGGGGCCCCCGCUGCCACGACCACCAGCCAGGCCAGCUUCACAUUUGGUGUCACAAAGCCCAACCCUCAACCUGCCAGCCAGAGCAUAUUUGGUUUUGGUCAGACGACUCCUAACAUGACCACAACCACGGCUUCAUUUGGAGGCUUUGCCAUGACCAGCUCCACCUCCACGGCUGCUCCCACCUCCACGUCCACGCAGUCCACUUUUGCGUUUGGAAAGCCAGCUUUUGAGGCCCCAACAACACAGCCGACCUUUGGCUCCGCAGCAGCCACAGCUAAACCGUUCAAUUUUGGGAGCAGCAGUUCAAACGCCACGCCCGUCUCCAACAACACCCUGGGUCCGUUUGCCUUUGGAGCAGCUCCCGCCGCCACCACCACAGCCACGUUUGGGACCCAACCCGCUAAACCAGCAUUUGGAGCCAGCUCCACGGGUUUCGCCUUCGGGAGCACCACCACUCCUUCAGCUGCACCCAGCUUCGGCCCAGCGACCCAAACUCAGAGCUCAACUUCAACCACCUUCACCUUUGGAGGGGUUGCCCCUCAGCCUGCCCCGGCGGGACCCGCUCAGCCCGCUUCUGGUGGAUUUAAUUUUGGUACCGCAAUGCCUUGUCCCCAGUUUGGAGCUCAAGUUUCUAACAGUCCGGCCCCGCAGAUGGGAGGUUUCAACUUUGGAGCUGCUGCCGCUGACAAACCAGGAUUUGGAACAUCCACUCCGUCAUUUGGCCAAUCUCCUGCUGCUGGUCCAAUUCCCUUUGGAAGUCCAGGAACUCCAGUCCAAGGCUUCAAUCCUGUUUCGUUUGGAUCCCCAGCAACCCCCACCUUCUCCAUCGGAGCUGGAUCCAAGCAUUCAGGAUCUCGGCAGAGGCUUCAGGCCCGGAGACAACACCUCAGGAAGAAGUAGCCUGAUCUGUGCGUUCCACCAUCAUCCUCCCAGCACUUCAGCUGCUGCGGCUAACCAGGCUAACUUUGCUCCAUUCUAAAUGCAACAUCCGGAAUCCGACCUCCUCCAUGUCCUCUGCAUCCCCCCUCCCUCCUGGUUCAGGGGAUAGUGCUGGCCCCAGAGCGUCGUUUGCAGCCAGAUGAGCUGCCUGGAUCACUGGAUGACCAUGUUAGGGAAUGUAGCAGCGAGGAGAAUAAUUCACAGCAGUGAACAUUUGGAUACUUGAAGAGUAAAGACAGUUUGGAUGAAUCCAAAGUUCUUUUUAUUUUUACAGUCCUCGGAUGGUCUCUGGGUUGUUUUAAGGAGAAAGUUUACUCGCGCAAAGACACAGAACCUCGGCUCAGACCUUUAUUUUUAUACGUGAUGCUCACUGGUUUGUAUGUAACUGAGUAUGUGAGUCUGAUUAGGGAGAGUACGCAACAGAUUUAGUGUGAAGUUAUGAGACAUUUGCAUUUAAAUUAUUUUUUUAAUUGGCUCCUUGACCCUGAAGAUGGAUGUGUUUCUGCAAUUCAAGGGAAACUUCGUAAAUGUCUUAUUGUAGUUCUUUCAGGUGCUCGUGUUUUGGUUUCAGCUCUCUUUGGAAGCAUUCCCAAGAGUCCUCCUGUGGAUGGCCUUUUUCCUUCCAUGUUUUUUUGUUUUUAAAUUGUGAUUGCCAACGAUGAUGUGAGUUGGAAGUCAGAUGGAUGGACUGGUGGCGUCCAUCUGACUUGUUCUGACAAACCAAAGCCAACAGUUUGCAGUCAUGCCUGUGAAACCAGUCUGUGAUGUUGUUUUCAUCUUUGUGUAACCGGUUCGACUUUAAAGCUCUACGUUUUACUCCGGCGAAUAAAGGUGAUACUUGGACGAUGA